AUGACUACUGAAGAGAUGACGCUAGCAGAGAUGAAAGCAGCCUACGAAAAGGCCCAUGCAGAGUUGGCCCAAGAAAGGGCCUCCAUUGAAAACCUCCAGAAGGAGCUCGAGUCCGUGAAAAGUACCAAGCAUCAGUCGCGUUACAAGCCAGGUGCAAAACCAAAGAAGUUGAUAUUCGAGAUGACUGACGACUCCGAGGACCUAUCCGACGGCGAAGAGCCACAUGGAGAAGAGGAUGAAACAACACCGGACCCCGUCACCAAGCGUAUGAAUAAAAUGGAAACUCACAUGAAGAAGCAAUGCUCGUUGAUGCUGAAGCUGAUGACCAAGCUGCCAGGGGCACCCACGCCCGUGGAAACCGAACCGACCGAUGGGUACGCAGCAUCGCCGUUCUGUGAAGCAAUCGCCAGGGUGACGGUCCCACACCAGCUCCGACUCCCUACCUGGACCUCCCUGUACGACGGAACGUCUGAUCCAUACAGACACGUCAACGUCUACAAGCAGCAAAUUUGGCAGAUCGGCAUCCCCUACGACCUGGUCGAGCCCGUCAUGUGCAAAUCAUUCGGAGGAACCCUCGACGGAGCGGCUCUGGAGUGGCUCAUGAACAUAACACCAGGAUCCAUCUACUGCCUUUCCGACCUCAUCAACGCCUUCUACCAGCAAUUCCCAAGUAGUCGCCAGUUGGAGAAACAGACAAGUGACCUCUAUCGGUUGGUCCAAGGACCUACCGAGUCGGUACGCGAUUAUUUUAACCGUUUUAAUUGUGAGAAAAUUAGUAUAAAAAACUGUGAUGUCAGGACAGCCAUCGAAGCAUUCAAGAGAGGUCUCAUCCCCAACUCGGAGCUGUACAGGGAAAUAACCAAAUAUCCCUGUGCAACCUUCGAGGAGGUCAGAUCGAGAGCCACUGCCCAGAUGCGGAUUGAAGACGACGAGUUUACACGAAUGGCUUCUCAGCGACCAACAGGGGGCAGUAGCGACAGGAGGUCGUACACCCCAAGGAACAACAACUGGAGGCACCAGCCGUACAACCGCCAGAUCCAGGUACAAAAUGUCAAUCAAUAUGAUGAUACUAACAAUGUAUACAGGAAUGAACGGGUCGUUUAUCCCCCCAUCUCCGAGUAUGGAUUCAACGUCGACAUCGGAGGCGUGGUGAACGCCCUUCAAAGUGUAGGUGGUACCGUCAGAUGGCCUAAGAAGAGCGACAGACCAGAUUCCAUGAAGGACAUGAGCAAGUGGUGCGACUUCCACCGCGACAACGGCCACACAACCGAGGAGUGCAUCCCCCUCAAAAAGGAGGUAGCAUAUCUGUUAAAAAGGGGACACCUGAAGGAACUGCUGAGCGACAAAGGGAAGGAGACGUACAACAAAGACAGCAACACCCAGCCCAGCCCAGCACCAGGCGGCGACCGACCGGCCCCUCUCAUGUUCGAAAAAGUGGUAAAUGUUAUCUCUGGUGGUUCAGAUAUCUGUGGGCUAACUUCUUCUGCAGCUAAGAAAAUCAACAGGGGCGAAUCUGAAGCUGUCAUAGAGGGGCAGACCGAAGACGAAAUGGCACUCGAAAAAUCAUUAGCAGCAAUGACAAUCACCUUCGACGACUCAUAUUCAACCAACGCACAAUAG